AUGGCCACGCUCCAAGGACUCGCAAUUCCCUUAAGGGACGGUCCCGAAGGGGAGCCUAUGAUCUCCCUUCUCAUAGAGGGAAAAGAAUAUAACUGCCUAGUGGACACAGGGGCGACUGCCUCACUAAUUAUCAAUCCACCCCACAAAGACUCAAUAAAGAAAGGUGCUCAAGAUAAUAUAGUAGGAGUGGGGGGGAAAGUCAUCCCGGUAGAAUUUACCAAAGAUUUAACAGUUGAAUUAGGUCCCUUUUCGUUAAAACAUGGCUUCACCAUCUGCCCUCAAUCUCCGGUCUCCCUUUUAGGAAGAGACCUCCUAUGUAAAUUGGGAGCAACCAUAAAAUGUGGGAAAAGGGGUCUCACCCUAGACAUCCCCGGAAAGAAAACUUUUCUACUAGCCACCCACCCACCCCUGCUACAUGCGGAUUUAGCAACUUUGCCCCCCUCACUUUGGGGCUGGGAUUCAACUGAAGUGGGACUUUUAAAAGGGGCCACCCCGGUGACAAUAAAAGUGAAAACCGGACGCCCACCAUGCAUCCCACAAUACAAGAUUCAAGCAGAGGCCAUUGAACCAAUACGCAAACUGAUUAAAGCCUAUCUGGAACAGGGAGUUUUGCGGAAAUGUACCUCCCCAUGUAAUACCCCAAUUUUUCCCGUAAAAAAAUCAAAGGUAGAUGAGAAUGGGAACCCCAUUUACCGUUUCGUGCACGAUUUGAGGGCCAUCAACAGUCACGUGAUACCUAGAGCCCCGAUAGUGCCGAACCCCGCAACAAUAAUUACGGAAGUACCGGCUUCCGCCACUCACUUCACCGUGGUGGAUCUUUGUUCUGCUUUUUUUAGUAUUCCGGUAGAUUCAGCAUCACAAUACUUAUUUGCCUUUACUUGGGAGGAACAGCAAUAUACUUGGACCCGUUUGCCUCAAGGCUACACGGAGUCUCCCACCCUUUUCUCCCAAAUUUUAAGGAACGAUCUAUCUUCCAUAGACUUACCAGAAAAAUCUAUAUUAAUCCAAUAUGUAGAUGAUUUGUUGCUAGCAUCAGAAAGUGAGCAGGCAUGUAAACGUGAUACUUUACAUCUAUUGAAUGCCUUAGCGGAGAAGGGACAUAAAGCCUCCCCCACCAAACUGCAAUAUUUGAAACAAGAAGUAACUUAUUUGGGCUACAUAAUUGCGCCGGGAAUACGGAAACUAGCUCCCAGCCGCAUAGAAACUAUAUUGGCCAUGAAAAACCCCAGCACGAAACGACAAGUAAGGGCACUCCUAGGGGUCCUGGGAUUUUGUCGCCCCUGGAUCCCGUCGUUUGGGGAACUAGCAAAACCCCUGAUAGACUUAACUACUAAAAACAUGCCAGAUCCUAUAGAAUGGACAAAAUCUUUAGACCAGCAUAUCGAGAGGAUUAAAAAAACACUAGCUUCAGCCCCGGUAUUGGGUUUGCCUGAUUACAAAAAACCAUUUACCCUCUUCAUACACGAGAAACUAGGCAUUGCAUCGGGAGUUCUAACACAGAGCUGUGGUCUAACUCAGCGACCCGUGGCAUACUAUUCAGUAAAGUUAGACCCAGUAGCCCGGGGAACACUCCCCUGCUUGAGGGCAGUAGCGGCCACGGUAGAAAUGGUAAAACGAUCCAAGGACCUAGUCCUUGGACGGCCGCUGACUCUAAAAGUACCCCACGAAGUGUUUGCUAUUCUCCUAAAAUCGCAAACGCAAGCCUUCACACAGCAGCGUCUAGCGCAAUACGAGGCGGAAUUGUUCACAUCUGACCACAUCACAUUUGAACGGUGUAGCACCCUAAACCCUGCUACCCUAUUACCCACAGAACAAUCAGAUAAUAACCUCCAUGAUUGCCUCCACCUAAUACAGGAUGCAGAGCUACCGCGCCCAGACUUAACUGACAACCCUCUAGAAAAUCCAGACCUUGAAUUAUUUACAGAUGGCUCCUCUUAUAUGCAUGAGGACAGAAGGGUUGCAGGAGCAGCAGUAGUCUCUCUCCAUGAAAUCAUUUGGGCUGAGCCACUAACCCCCUCACAUAGCGCUCAGGCAGCAGAACUUAUUGCACUAACCAAAGCUUGUGAAGCAGCAGAAAAUCAGUCUGUUAACAUAUAUACUGAUUCAAGAUAUGCAUUUGGUGUUUGCCAUGCCACAGGAGCACUAUGGAAACAACGGGGUUUCCUCACAUCAGCUGGUCAACAAAUCGUACAUGCAGCUCUGGUCUCCAAACUAUUACAAGCCAUUCAAUUACCAGGGGAAAUAGCAGUCAUUCAUUGUAAAGCCCAUCAAACGGAUGACUCUUUGAUUACAAAAGGAAACAAAUACGCUGAUGCAAUAGCCAAAUGGGUAGCCACCAAACCUCUCCCACAAGUCACUAUUGCUCCAGCAAUAAGAGCCAACCCAGAAAUCCCAUAUAAGGACUUCCUUGAAGAAGGAGAAGCCCAAAUGUGGGAAGGAAAAUUAGGUGCAACAUUUUCUAAUGGAUUUUGGAGAGUCCCAGAUGGUAGACCCAUAGCCCCACGUCGCCUCAUACGCCUAAUUUGCCAGAGGCUACACUCAAAAGGCCAUUGUGGGACCCAAGCAAUAGUGGAUGCUGCUAGAAGGGUAUGGCAUGCUCCUGGAAUUUAUACAGAGGCAACUAGAGUGACUAGCACCUGUAAAACAUGUCAGGCUAAUAACAGCACCUCCAGAAAAAGCAUCCACGAGGGGGGCAGACCAUGGGCACAAAGACCCUUUGAACGGGUUCAAAUGGACUAUAUUCAAUUGCCUAAAGCAAAUGGAUACCAAUAUGCCCUCAUAUGUAGAGACCAACUAACACACUGGGUGGAGGCUUUCCCUUGUCGCCAUGCUACAGCCUUGGAAACUGCCAAACACCUCAUUAAAGACAUUGUACCCAGAUUUGGGGUACCAAGUGUACUAGAUAUGGAUAGGGGCAAACAUUUCAUAGCCCAGGUUCUCACCUAUAUAUACCAAGCACUUGGCAUUACCCAGAACCUGCAUUGCCCCUACUCCCCAUCCUCAUCAGGUGGAACAGAGAGAGCAAACAGAGAGGUAAAAACCUUAUUAGGUAAGCUCUGCCAAGAGACACACCUCUCAUGGCCACAAGUCUUACCAAUCGCCUUAUUUUACAUUAGAACUAGACCUAGAAAGGAUAUAGGAAUAUCCCCUUUUGAAAUCCUUUUUGGACGCCCACCUGAUAUCCUGCAGGGCCUCGAUCCCCAGUCCCUCAGCUUAGAAAGGGGGGACAUAGUUCUCUCUUCAUAUCUUUCAGCCCUACAUAAGAGAUUACAGGUCCUGUGGACACAGAGCGCCCUGACCCAGACGCUACCUCUGGAGGACAAUCUACAUCCCUUUGAGCCAGGUGACUGGGUGUGGAUAAAGUUCUUCACGCGAAACUCACCACUGCAACCCAAGUGGACAGGACCGUAUCAAAUUCUACUAACAACCCAGACUGCCAUCCGGGUUGCAGAAAGGGACUGCUGGAUACAUUGGACACACGCCAAACCUGCAGUUGUGGACAACAGCCCAGCUAUCCCACCGAUUAAAUUGAAGAAACAUCCAGAGACGAAAGAAUGGACUUUGGAAACAUUUUUUAACAACACCACUGAAUAA